CUUCACGCCAUGUGGACGAGGAAGGCAGUUUUGUUAGCGUACUGAGCUCAAAUCCUCCGACCUGUGUAUCUCAGCACUUUCCGCACCCUUUCUCACACGGUUUUCUUUUUUUAAUGUUUUGUGCUUCUUUUUUUUUUACAUUUGCUCACGCAAAACUUUCACUCAGACCCACUUUUGGAUUUUUCCUCAGCUAACAAAACUGAAGGCUAACGUGAAGUGAACUCUUCAAACUACCCCUCUGAAGGUUUUAGAGGUGCUCGGUGGACUUAUGUGGACUCUGAAUAACUUUUAACGGCAUUAGGAGGUUUAGAAUAGCCGUAAAAAGCUUUAAAUAGCUUUCAGAACAGACGAGGGGAGUUUUGUUUCUGCCGUUGGCGUCGCCAUGGAGAGAUUUCAGAGAUGCCGAGGAGCCUCCACAACAACAACGGCGCACCCGUUCGUUCACGAUGUGAGGCCAACGGGAAUGCAGAAAGUUCUGAUGAUCUUACUGGGCUGCAUUUUCUUCCCUAUUCGCAUUGCUCUUGCCGUCCUCUUCUUCCUUCUUGUAUGGCCCAUAGCUCGGCUGCGAUUGGCUGGGCUGUCGGAGGCAGAUCGGGCGCGGCCGGUGGAGGGCUGGCGACGGUGGCUGUUUCAUCCUAUCGUCCUCUUCCUGAGUCGAGGGGUGUUCUUCUUCACCGGCUUUCUGUGGAUAAAAGUUAAGGGUCAUCAGGCGACGCAGCAGGAGGCGCCAGUGCUGGCUGUAGCGCCCCAUAGUGGGUUCUUGGACAUGCUGGUGCUGUGCGUGUCGGGGCUGCCUACAGUGGUGUCACGCUCAGAGAACGCUAACCUGCCGGUUAUAGGAGCACUGUUGGAGUUUAAUCAGUCAGUGUUGGUGAGCAGGAAGGAUCCUGAGUCCAGGAGGAAAUGUGUGACUCAGAUCAAAGAAAGACUCACCUCCAGCGGCUACUGGCCUCAGAUGCUCAUGUUCCCUGAGGGAACCACCACUAACGGCCAAGCCCUCAUUAAGUUCAAGCCUGGUGCUUUCUUAGCAGGUGUUCCAGUGCAGCCAGUGUUGCUCCACUAUCCUAAUAAACUGGACACUGUUCGCUGGACUUGGAAAGGAAUAUCCUGGCUUGAAUGUCUCUGGUACACCACUUCUCAAUUCUACACCAAUGUUACUGUGGAGUUCCUGCCGGUCUACAUGCCUUCCCAGCAAGAAAAGGAGAACCCAGAGCUGUAUGCAGAUAAUGUGCAGAAACUCAUGGCCAAAGCCUUGGGAGUUCCUGCUACUGACUAUGUAAUGGAGGGUCUUUUUCCUGCCACAAAGUUGGGUGGUCUGUCUCUUCCUCUAGAGUCUCCAGCAGGGGAAACCCUCAAACUGCUCAAACGUCACAGUUUUAGCAGCGCUCAAGUGGAAACAGUGAUGAACACUAUGAUUGAUUACUGUCACUCAAAGCAGCACUCUAUGGUAACUGUCAAACAACUGGCCUCCUUGCUGGGACUCGCUGACGAGAAGACUGCUGCAAAAAUCUGUUCACUUUAUUCAAAGAAUGACACAUUGGAUCUGAGGCAGCUUUGUUUGAGUGUGUGCACUACUGCGGGACUCAGGAGCCCAGAAGCUCUCCUUCAUACUGCGUUCAUGCUGUACGAUAGUGAUGGUGAUGGUUUGCUAAGUGCAGUGGACCUCUCCGGCCUGAUGGCAGCACUGGUAGGAGUUCCUCAGUACAACAUUGCAGAGAUGUACACAGAGCUGACCACUAGGGGGCAGCCCACAGAAGCUGCUUUAUAUGACUUGCUGACAACUCACCCAACCUAUCAGAAGUUCCUCAACGAAUGCUUCCAGUCUGAAGGAGCGGGUCUAGCCAUGGCUGAUGGAGAUCACUUUCUGAAGGGAAAAGCUAGUAGCAACAACAAUGGCAUUCAUAACGGAAAUGGAGUAGCCAAUAAGAAGUUUUACUGAGGGCUAUGACGUCAGACUCUUGCAAGAAUAUAUAAGUGGCUGUGUUGCAAUAAGAUGAUGGACAAGUGACUGCAGAACAAAUGUAUAUAUGAUCUACAGAGAAUUCAUGCAGCCACAUUUUAUCAAAGACUAUUUUAUGUGUGUGUGGGGUUUGUAAGUGAGACAAAGUGUGAGUGUGUGUUUUAGCGUGCAUUUAAUGUGCGCUGCAUCAAGGGAAAUGUUUACUGGUCUGUGUGAUGGACUAUUGCUUGCUUCUACAUUAUGAAUCCAAGCCAUUCGUACACUGUGAAAGUCCGUCAUUCUGUCUGACGGACGUUAGUGCCUUGAUAUUUGUACUGUAUUUUUAAAUGUCAACCGAAGGACUGUUUUUGUAUCUUUUUUUUUUUUUUUUUUUUUUUUAAAUAUCUACAUGCACGCCAAAGGGUUUCAUACCAAAGAAUGCUGUCAACUUGUCGUUUUACAUUUUAAUAUAUGAAGUUUGUAAAUAAAAUAAUGAAAACUGAUCAGGA